AUGCAGGAUAGCUCAUACAAAGGUGAAUUCUUACCACUUGAUAAAUGCUCAGGAUUAAAACUUUUUAAGCUCGUAGAAAUAAUAAAUAACUGCAAAAUUCAAAUACUUUUGAAUUUUAUGCUCACUGAAUUCAAGUAAUCAUUUAAAUUCAGCAAAGAUUUAAGACUUAUGAUAGAUUUAGCUACUUACGAGCUGUAUUAGAGAGUAGAAUAUGCAUUUGAUAACAACAUUUUCGUCUGGUAGUAGCUUACUUACAUAAAUAACGAAUCAAAUAAUUGGAAAUACAACCUUAACAAUUCGAUUGUUAGUCCAGAUCUAUUAUACUACAUAGACUUUGAAGUUAAGAACAAAAAAUACCAAAUAAAGAAGACUGUUGAUAGCACGGUAUAUAAGGAGAUAACUAUAUAGUUAACAGAUUAAUCCAACCUAAAUUAGUUUAUAUACUUGAGAUGGGUUGAUAACAGAUAAAUAGCUCUCUUGCAUGAUGAAGGGAUAGAAAAGACUAUUGACAUUAUCAAUAACUUUUAAGAAACAAAUUUUAGAGUACUAAAUAAGGAUGCAUAGUAUGGAACGAACAAAAAUAUAGAUAAUGGAUUUUAUAUAAACAUUAAACCCUUUCACUUAGAUGAUGUAGAGAAAAAAUUACUAAGUAAUUAAAAUCAAUUCCUGCUGAGAUAGUAAAAUUAACUUAAAGGUGAAGAGUUGGGUAGAUUAUUUUAGGAAGCUAUGAUAGAAUUUCAAUAUUCUUGGUGUGAUCAUUAUAUGAAAUAUUUGCCAAUGAUUGAAUUCAGUUUUACUCACUACCACUGGAUGCUAGCUUUGAAAAUAAUCAAUGAUCAUUAGCAUAAAAUCAUUAAGCAAAUAAGUUUAGAGGACCUAAAAAUGCUGUUGCUCUAAGUAUUUCCAGAUGGCAAUACAUUCUUACAUAAAAUAGCAAAUAGAAACGAAGUUUUAGAAGCUGUGUCACUCAGGAUAAACAAAGAUUUUCAAUUCUUAUUUAUUAAAAAUCCUGAGGGACUAACACCACUACAUAUGUGCUUAGGGACAAGAAACUAUUUCGCCAUAGACAUAUUUGUUAAACUAUUGUCAAAUCAUAAGUUUUAUCAGCAUUCUUUCAAUAUAGUUGAUAUUCUCCCGAAGCUAAUUACUACCGAGUUACCAUCAUUAAAGCAAUAUUUAACCUCAAGAGUAAUUUAAACUCAGAUACUUCACCAAUAUAAAAGAGCAGCAAUCAAAUUUCAUUCUAGAAAACAUUAUGCUAUAAACCUGACUAAUCUUUGGACAGAAAAAGAUCUUUUCCAUAAAUAGUACUUUGAAACUGGAAAGCUGGAAACAGACGUAAAGAUAAUGCUCAUUGAUCUCCCAAAACUAAACAUUCAUGCUGAUUAAACAAGCUAAGAGUUAUUCCUAGCUUUAUCGAAAUGUCAAGAACUUGAUAUAUUUGAGGUGCCAACAGUCCAAUAUCUUAUUGAUUUUUAGUGGAUGCUUACUAAAUAAAGCACUCUUUACUACCUCUAUCUCCCCUCUAUACUGAAUCAUAUUGUUUUUUUUAUUUACUCAAACUUCAUCAUAAAUGAUGAUAAGUACUCUAACGAUUUCUAAACAGAGGUUAUAUUUCUAUCUGUUAUCAUGACUUUCUAAGGCUAUUUCUUUAUAAAUGAAGUAAGAUAGAUGUCAUUCACCAAAUUGAAUUACUUUAAGUCAAUAAAAAAUCUCUUAGAUAUGCUCUAAGUUCUAACCACAUCGGCAACUGUAAUGAGUCACUACAAAUAUAAUACUACUGAACAGUAUGCAAGUUUGGAGUUUUUACCGGUAAUGCACAGCUGCUCUUCUUUGCUUUUGUGGAUUAAUUUCCUAUAUUUUUUAAGGCUAUUUGACUCAACGAGUUAUUUGAUAAGAAUUUUGAUAAAUGUUUUUUGGGACAUGAAAUGGUUCCUCAUACUUCUGCUUAUCUGCUAAAUCGGUUUCGCUGAGGCAUUCUUAAGGCUAUCGGAAUAUAGUCAAGAGGAUGGACAAUUCUUAUCUAAUAUUGUUCAUGCAUUUAUUUAUGCUUUCAGAAUGAGUAUUGUUGAUAAUGAUACAUCUGCAUAUGAUAAAAAUGUAUCUUAAACUACAAUAUGGAUAUUGUUUAUUGUAGCUGGGAUUAUUAUGCCAAUAGUAAUGUUGAAUCUUCUGAUUUCUAUAAUCUCAAAAUCUUUUGAUGAUAUCAACAAGCAAUCUAAGCUUGCAGCAUAUCAAGAAAAAGCCAAGAUCAUUUUUGAGAAUGCUUUUGUAAUUCCCACAUCUGCGAAUAAAAAAGAGGAUGCCUAGAAAUUCAUUACAAUUUUUAAAAAGAUAUCAUCAGGUUCAAAUUCUUAGGACUAAAAAAAGCUUUAAAAACAGGAGAUCCUAGGCACAAUGAAGCUUAUAAUGAUAGAAAAUUCAAUGAUGAGGGAGGAAAUCUCCAGAAAUAAAGAAUAGCUAAAAGGUGUCAAUUCUUAGCUAAAUAAAUUAGAGGAUAUUAAUUAGAGAUAGAACUUGAGAAUAGAGCGUAUGCAGAUGGAUAUGGAUUCACAGUUUGGAAAAUAAAGCAAAUCUUUAGAAAGUAUUAUAACUAUUUUGACAGACCCUAAGUAAAUGCAUUAUUGA